CAAUCAUUUCCAUGAUAGCUCGAGUUCUGGAGCAAUCUUGACGGGUAUGCCUCGGUAUCACACCAGGGUCCCCGCAUUCAGAUUACCGGCCAACGGCCGCGGUUACACCGCAAGUCAGAAUCAGACGAGCUCUGGCAACAUUGCUGUGGCUACGACACAAUUAUCACGGGUCAAGUUGGUGUGUCAAGGCCACAGGACGGAGAUACAUACCGUGCGCCUGAGCUAGACGGCACUCAUCUGGUUGCUCACGACAGUCUGAAGGAAGACUUAUAAAUAUUGCAACGAGCCCAUCCAGAUCAGUAUUCGCAACCAGCCUAGGUCAACUCAGAAGUCUGCAUCUCAUCAGCUUACCAGCAUGUCGGACACGAAUUCAAACAUGGGCGCUAUUGCGCACUGCGAUGUGCUGGUCGUCGGAGCCGGCCUCAGCGGCAUUUCCACGUUAUAUCGACUCCGCAAGCUCGGUCUCAACGUGAAGGUGUUCGAGUCCGGCGGCGACUUCGGUGGUGUAUGGUAUUGGAACAGAUAUCCAGGAGCUCGUGUUGAUUCUGAGUGGCCGUACUACCAACUGAACAUUCCAGAAGUAUAUCGGGACUAUGACUUCAAAGAACGAUUUCCUGGCCACGUGGAAAUUCGCUCGUACUUCGCCCAUCUCGACAAAGUGCUGGACCUGAGAAAGGAUGUGCAGUUCAACGCACAUGUUAUCGACGCCCGAUGGGCUGCUGACGACGGCUGGACCGUCAAGACAGACCAGGGACAAGUCGCAAAGGCCAAAUACCUGAUUUUAUGUACCGGACUGCUCCAUCGUCGACAUGUGCCUGACUUCCCGGGCCUCGACACAUUCAAGGGUGUCGUCCAUCACACGGGAUAUUGGCCGGAGGAUAUCGAUGUCUCAGGCAAGAAGGUCGGCAUCAUCGGAGCAGGCGCUACUGCCGUUCAAGUUACCCAAGAACUAGGCAAACAAGCCAAGGAGUUGACCGUGUUUAUGAGGAGACCAAGCUACUGUCUGCCGAUGGAACAGCGGGAACUGAGCAAUGCCGAGCAGAAGGGCUGGAAGACCUUCUUUGACACACUUUUCCGCGAAGGACGAAAGAGCGGCGCCGGCUUCCCUGCCAAGAGACAGUCACUUGGGGUCCUGGACGUGCCGCCCGAAGAGCGAGAAGCGUGGUUCGAAAAUAUCUGGCAACGAGGCGCUUUCAGCUAUCAGCUCCUCAACUAUGCUGAUGUCCUGCUGAACAAAGAAUCGAACAAGAUUGUCUACGACUUCUGGGCUCGUAAAGUCGGGGCGCGUAUCAAGAACGAGCGAAAGAGGGAGCUCAUGGCACCGAAGAAGCAACCCUAUUUCUUUGGCACCAAGAGAUGCCCGCUCGAACAGGACUAUUACGAGGUCAUCGACCAGGACAACGUGGAUAUUGUGGACCUGAAUGAGCAACCGCUGAAGACGUUCAACGAGACCGGCAUGUUGGUCGGCGAUAAGCAGAUCGAUCUCGAUAUCGUGGUUCUGGCGACCGGCUUUGACUCAUUCUCCGGAUCGUUGACACAGAUGGGUUUGAAGAAUCGUGAGGGCAAGGAUAUAGCAGAAGUCUGGAAGGACGGUAUCCGCACUUACCUCGGGAUGACCUUCCACGGGUUCCCUAAUACCUUCAUGGUAUACUCUCCGCAUGCGCCCACCGCACUAUCAAAUGGACCUACCAUCAUCGAAGCGCAAUGCGACUGGGUCGUUUCUGCCAUUGAGAAACUCGAAAAGGAAAAAGCGAAGACAAUGGAACCGAAGAGAGAUGCCGAGGAUAGCUGGGACGCCAUGAUCGACGCGAUGAACAAGCCCACAUUAUUCCCACUGACAAAUAGUUGGUGGAACAGAGCCACCAUACCCGGGCAGAAAGUCCAAAUCUUGACCCAUCCAGGUGGAAUUGAAAUGUACGAGGGCCAGAUCAAAGAGAAGUUGGAGGGGUGGCAAGGUUUUGAGGUUUCGUACUAAACAUACCACCCGAACAAGGCG